AUGGCAGAGGCUAAGCAGCAGCUAAGGGACGGUUCAGUAGUGCCAUAUACAAGAAUUGAACAAAUUUCAACUCAACAAUUGUCAAGGCCUAACAAUGUCUUUAACAGCAGGCAGUUUUCGCGGCCGCCGGUUUAUGAUUCUAGUGUUUGUAACACAAAUCAGCAGAAUCUUAGGCUUCCUCCACGUAUGGCAAGCCAACCAAACCUCUCAUUGUCAGUUCCAACCAUUCCAAGGAAUUUGCAGCAACCCUCUACGUCACAUCCGCGUUUUGCCAACCAAUCAUACCUCUCACAUUCACCUCCAACCAUUAAUCCAAGCAACGUUCUGCCACCGAUGUUAGAGCUGGCUCAAGUUCAACAAAAUGACAUUGGCUUCGGAAGGGCUUCUUCAGCUAUGGGCACUGUGCUUGUUCACUUAACUGAUGAUGCAGGAACGAAUCAAGAAUUCGAUCAAGUGCCACUGAAUGGAUGUCCUGUGCCAAAUAGUGAGCAGCGGGUUCAGGUACUGGCAGCAGAACCUCAGCAGCCUCUUUCCCCUCAAUUGCAGCCACGGACAACUGGAGAACGGACAUCUGGAUGUGGAAAACCUUUUAUUUUUUAUAGUUCAAAUCUGAUGCUCACAACAAGCGAAACUAGAGAGAAGGAUCAACUGGACAGCCCUGAAAUAAUGUCUUCCAAUUUCCAGGUUGACGCCUUUCUUAAGAUGAACUCACAUCAUACGAAAGAUAAGGAGGAUGAAUUUGUGGUAGAGAAAGUCGAUUCCAUCAUCUCUCUUGACAGCGCGGAUGCUGAGAUUCCAAACAGCUCUUCCAGUGAACUAAAACGUGACUUUGCAGAUUCUGCAGAAAUCAAGCUCGAAGAUUUCACGUUUAUGGAGAUUGAGUGCCACAAGUUAAGCACAAAAGAGCUUUUCUGCUGCGAUUUUUCAUCGGAUGGGAAGUUGUUAGCCAGUGCAGGCGUUGAAAAUAAGGUUUUUAUUUGGAAUGUUGACACUAAAGAGCGUUCUGAGAAUUUGGAAAAGCAUCGUGGUCCCAUUACAGAUAUUCGGUUUCACCCUAACCAUCGGAGUUCAAAUACUUUUGCGACAUCUUCCGUAGAUCGUACUCUCAAAAUAUGGGAUGCAACCAAACUAGAGAAAUCUCAAUACAGUCUAGAAGGGCGUGGUGGGGAAGUGAUGUCAUUAGAUUUUCACCCCAUAAAACAUAAUGUCCUUUGCUCCUGCGAUUGCACAGGCAAAAUCAAAUACUGGGAUUUGGUUGGUUCUCAUACUUGCACAGACACCUUCAAGGGAGCUACGAACCGAGUUCGAUUCCAGCCCCAGUUUGGACAGUAUCUGGCUACUGCUUCAGAAAAUGUAGUCAAUGUAUUUGAUUAUAACACUAAAACAUGUCAGUUUUCCUUCAAGGGACACAAGAAAGAAGUCCGCUCGAUUUGUUGGCAUGAAAGUGGCGAGUAUAUUCUUUCAGUUAGUGAAGACAGUGCACGACUCUGGUCUGUUAAGUCAGGCAAGAAAUGCGUCCAUGAAUUACAAGCAAACGGCAACAAUUUCUAUUCCUGUACCUUUCAUCCUGAACACACAGAUACAUGGAUUAUUGGCGGCUACAAGUUCUUGGGGCUGUGGAAUCCAGAGGCCGAAGGAUCGAUGUUAAUUCCAGGUCAUGAUGGGUGGGUCACUGCACUGGCAAAAACACACAAGAAUUCAUUGGUUGCCUCUGUCAGUUAUGACGGCUCUGUGAAGUUAUGGAAAGAAACAGACUACUUAUAUUGGUGA